AUGGCCAGUCUAUCUAAAGAGAAGCUGGAGGAGGCUCAGAACACUGCAAUUGAGUGGUCUGCCAAGGCUCCUCCUGCAGCAGUCCAGGCGGACUUUGCGAAGAAGAAAGCACCUGGUAUGAUGAAGGAUCUGGCAACCAAGUUGUGGAAGCAGGCCGGUAUGAGAAUUUUCAUAUUGUCAGCAUGGAAAACAGAGGAAGAUGAAGUGCAGAUCAACGGAAUUGACUUCAAUGAAAAGUUGGAGGGCAAUAGUUUUACCGAUACGAAGGACUGGAAGUCCAUGUUAUCAGAGUGGAAUGCCUAUGCUGUGGAAGAGUUUGGUGAGCUUCUGUUUGAAAAUCUUGCGCCAUUUAGUCAAGUACUUAUCCGACCUGGGGUGAUACCAGAAGUUGACCUGAAUAAUGAUGACAAUGAUAAUGAGGGGGAGGUGAAGAAGAGCAGGAAGAAAGGCGGAAAGAAGGACAAUUAUCCUUUGGAGGUGGAUAGCUAUGGGCUUCCGGUCAUACCGGACGUCAAAGAGCUUAACCUAGAGAGUAAAAAGUGUCUUAUAAGAACGUUCCUCACAAAACACUACAGAUUGUGCAGCCAACAACCAAAGGUGUCUGUUCCUUGGGCCUCAGUGAGGAUGGCUCAGGGUGACUUUAUUGCAGCCAAGUUUUUACCUACUGGUUGGAAGCUCGAUGAUCUGUCAAAGAUUCGGUUGGCUGAUGCAGACCGGCUGUUAGAGUUGUGGUGUCAAAGACAGAAGGACCAGGUUCACCCAACCUUUGAAUUUAAAGGCUGGGAAGGUGAUGAUAAGACAAUGAGAGAACUGGCAGAGAUAAUCUCCGGCGAUAGUUCUGACAUGAGACCCAGGGUUCCAGUGAAAAAGUCCACCGGAAAGCGCACCGGGAGGGUGGAACAGCCGUCUAGUAGUGAGGAUGAGGACAAGGAUAAUGAAGAUGAAGAGGAGAAGGACGACGAUGACGAUGACGAUGACGAUGACGAUGACGAUGACGACCGCCCAUCACCACCUCCAAAGUCGAAAUCUAUCAAAAAUCGCCCACCGGUCAAGAAAUCCAUACCUGUCCCACCACCACCUUCAAAAGCAAAAUGGACCAAUACUCUCCGCAGGGCUAGUCCGGCUUCAGAGCAGGAAGAUACUAGCCCACCGGUCAAGAAAUCCAUACCAGUCCCACCACCACCUUCAAAGGCAAAAUGGACCAAUACUCUCCGCAGGGCUAGUCCAGCUUCAGAGCAGGAAGAUACUCGCCCACCGGUCAAGAAAUCCAUACCGGUCCCACCACCGCCUUCAAAGGCAAAACAGACCAAUACACGCCACAGGGCUAGUCCGGCUUCAGAGCAGGAAGAUACUAGCCUACCGGUCAAGAAAUCCAUACCGGUCCCAUCGCCACCUAAAUCAAAAUCAACCCAAAAGAGGGGUAGGGCUCUUCCCAUUCAAUCUGAUUUAGAGUCCGAUGGUCGGCCACCAGUCAAAAAAUCCAAGCUGACUGCAAGUGGGAGGGGACAGGCAGAAGACAACACCAGCACCAGUUCUGCACAAUCAACCAGUAAUGAUGACAAUGAUCCUGUGCCUUCGCAACAUCCUUCUAGAAGUCGUGCAUUUGGCCCUACAUCAGGUGUCCAUGCCAAGAAUAAAACUAACAAAACACCGGUGCCCAAACCAAUGCCCCCUGCCCCAAGAAGGGCCACCGGCAAGAAAGCCACAGGAUCUGAAGCCCAGACUACCAAUGCAGAGCCAAAGUGCUCUCAUAGAAGUACAAAGGCCUCUUAUAAAGCUCAGUAUAUGCAAUUGUAG